UAUCUAAGCCUUCCGGUCCCUAUCCCGGACAAAAACCAACUCCUCGUCGAGGUCAAGGCUACCGGCCUCUGUCACACCGACUGCAACAUAGUAUCUGGAUUAGACAAUACUUUCUUCUGGAAGCGGCCUAUCAUCUUGGGUCACGAAACUGCUGGCGUGGUUGUCAAGGUAGGUUCAGACGUUACCAAGUUCAAAGUUGGUGACCCUGUCGUUGCCGUUAUCGGCACUGAGCACCCCAUCACAUUCGGAGACGUGACCACCGCCGCCGGCAUUGGCUAUGAUGGUGGAUUUGCGCAGUACGUGGCACUGUUUGAGUCAAAGACACUGCGUAUUCCUGAGGGGGUCACGUUUGCUCAAGCGGCCGUGGCUACCGAUGCCACUGCAACAGCAUACCAUGCUGUCGAUGUCGAGGCCCAGAUUUCUGCGUCUUCGAAAGUCGCCAUCAUUGAACUGGGUGGUCUAGGUCUAUCGGCGGCUCAGAUUGCAUCCCGCCUUGGCUCCAAGGUCCGUAAAAUGCUAGUUGCCUUAUAUAAAAGGGAGCUUGGCUGGCUUGCGACUAAGCGGGCCAAUUAUACAUUUCCACAAGAUGCAACAUUUUGA